GGACAAAGCGGUGUAUAGAGAGGAUGUGCAGGCACGUCCCAGGACACUGAGCACACGGACACAUGGACUGGACUUUCAGCCCUGCUCUGGGGGCAUCACACUACCUCCACCCCUGACAUAGGAUGAUUCUUAAAGAGCAGAAUAACCAGGAAAAGAUACUGACGGACAGGGUGCUUGAUGUAAAUCAUGAGCCAGAAAACAUGCCAAGCGCUAAUGGAAAGAGACCCUCCGACAGCUCUCUAAGCCACGAGGAAGACCUAGCUAAGGUGAUCAAGCUCCAGGAAGUCAUAGACAGGCAGUCGCGGGAGCAGAGCCAGAUGAAGGAGCGCCUGGCAGCCCUCUCUGCCCACAUGACAGAGCUGGAGGCGGACCUGGACACAGCCAGGAAGGACCUCCUCAAGUCCGAGGAAGUGAACACGAAACUGCAGCGGGACAUCUGUGAAGCGGGAGAGAGACAUGGAAGCAUCGAGGGGAGGCUGUGCAAGAUGGAGGCCCAACUGGAGGAGAAGAACAAGGAGCUGCAGCAGGUGCAGACCCUGAAGGAGCAGGACUGGGAGCAGGUGCAGCAAGCCAGUGUGCUGGCCAGUGUGGCCCAGGCGUUCGAGAGUGACGAAGGCAUGUCUGACGGCGAGGGCGACAGGAUCACCCUUUUCAGCUCGGCCACUCAGCUGUCACCCAGCAGGCAGGCCCAUGCCAAGACUCCGACUGUGAUGCUGCAGGAGCAGCUGGAUGCCAUCAACGAAGAGAUUAGGUUGAUCAAAGAAGAGAAGGAGAACACAGAGCAGCAGGCCGAGAAGACUGAGAGCAUGGAGGGCAGGCGGAGCCUAGGCAACCUCCGUCGUUUUAAAUCAGUGAGCUCCCUCAACCGGCAUCCCGCCUCCUUGCAUGCCGCUCCUGCCCACCCAGCAGUGGGUGCUCCAAGCCCUGAAGGAGGCACAGCCUGGCGCAGGAGGGAGACCGGCUGGGCAUCAUGACUCGUAUGUGUCUGCCUCCUCCCUGCCAUAUCCCUCCCUCAGCACACUGAUUUUCUUUUUUGUUUGUUUGUUUUUGUUUUUUCUCUUUUUACCCAGAAGAAAAUCAGGUACAUUUGCUACGCUCAGAGAUCUAAAAUUUUUUAAACUGCCUAGUCUUUAAUCAUUCCACAAUGUCACAGUGACAAAUUAGUCUUGAUAUUUGGACCACCGGCUUAGCAUGUCAUCAUGAACUCAGCCAGAGCCUGCCUCUGUAACGUUGGGCCUGGCCUGUGCUGGGCACAGCAGCUGCAGGGAAGUUUCUGUUCUCAGGGAGCAGACAGCUUCAUGAAAGUAACCAUAGGCAGCUCUCAUGGAGCGUGAAAGCCAUGCAGCACAUUUUCCAUUGGGGAUGCCUGGCUGCAGGGUAUGCGGUGGGAACAAAACCAAGAAUCUAAACUGGUCUGCUUGCUAAUGGACCUGGCUGCGCACUCAGGCCAGCUCUGCAUGUGAAACCAGGUUAAAAGCCCGGUGCCCCAGGGCCCCAGGGAAGACGUCGGGCUGCCUCACUUUUCCGAGUCUAAAAACAGGAUGACGACCUAGGGCUUUUGGUGACAGAGUGUGCGGCUCUAAAGCACAUGUUCCAGCUUUCUUCCAUGUUUAGCUUGGGUUUUGUGAGUGCAUUACUAUUUACCCCAUGAAAUCAUGUAUACAAUACUCUGCUUUAUAACUGCACUUGUAUUAUCACUUUUUUUCUGUUACCACCCAUUUCAUGUUAGCUGCAUUGUUAGUCAGCUUAUAAUUAAAUUAACCGUAAAUUAACCGUGAAUCUUUUAGAGGCAUGUGAAGUGGUAACUAGUCCAUUUUGUGGUCUUUUGACACACUGUUUUUAUAAUUUGCAUCAUUGGCUAAUUAGUUGAUAUUUCAAAUUCUUUGAUGAUUUCUUUGUGGUUUCAUGCUUAAUUUCUUUCCAAGUAUUUGUAAAAGAACAGUUCUGUGUAUGUUUUCCUUGCUGUUGGAGUUCUCUGACGGUGUGUCUGCUUUCAUCAUUGGUUUUGAUUUCCUGUCUCAUCCUGUUGUCUGCUUAGUCGUCGUCAAUCCAGAACCCCCACCCCCAAGGCUGUAGUUUACCCAUCCAUCUCCCCUCCCCUGUCCCCCCACUUGCUCUGGUCAUAGCCGUGCUGUGGUCCACAGCAUGUGUCCCUUUAGUCGGGUUGUGCUUUGUCUUCAUGUCUCAUUAAAUGGUGUUUUUCCCCCAUAGCAGUAAGUUUGAAUUGGUGUAUCACUAUGCAGUUACAGGAGAAGGCAAUGGCAACCCACUGCAGUACUCUUGCCUGGAAAAUCCCAUGGACGGAGGAGCCUGGUAGACUGCAGUCCAUGGGGUCGCACAGAGUCAGACACGACUGAAGCGACUUAGCAGCAGCAGCAGCAGCAGCAUGCAGUUACAAGCAUAAUGUAGAUGGAUCCUAAACUACAAAUCAUGUGUAAUUCAUAAAUGAGAUUAUCCUUACAUAAAGAAAUGACCAUCUUAAGUGUAGAAUUAAUGGAGUUUUAGAUAUGCAGAUGACACUACCCUUAAGGCAGAAAGUGAAGAACUAAAAAGCCUCUUGAUGAAAGUGAAAGUGGAGAGUGAAAAAGUUGGCUUAAAGCUCAACAUUCAGAAAACGAAGA